AUGGCGGAAGAUGGCAUGAAGGAGCAUCAAAUAAAUGGUGCGAAAUCUGUAAGAGUAAUACUCAUAACGAGAAUGUUUGUUGGAACAAGAGCAAACCACAAUGUCACAAUUGCAAGAGAAGGAGAAAAUGAUGAAGGUAAUUUGUUCUUUGCUUGUCAAAAAGCAUUUCAAGAAGAUAAAAAUGUGUGGUAUUUGGAUAGCGGUUGUAGCAAUCAUAUGACCGGAAAGAAAGAAGCUUUUAUAAACAUUGAUUCUUCAUUUGGCUCAAAAGUUAAAUUGGGAAAUGGAGAACAUGUUGAAGUAAAAAGAAAAGGCCGCAUUGGAGUUACAACAAAGCAAGGAAGCAAAGUCAUUCAUGACACUAUUUAUGUGCAAGAGUUGGAUGAGAACUUGCUAAGCAUUGGACAACUUUUGGAGCAUGGCUAUUCUCUAAAUUUUGAGAAUCGUGAGUGCAAAAUUUUUGAUUCAAAGAGAAGAAAUGUUGUUGUUGUAAAAAUGACCAGUAAUAGAAGCUUUCCACUUUCUCUUAAUUAUGAAAAAAAAUCAGCAUAA